AUUUUAUCCCAGCAGGAAAAUAUUUUCGGAGAGAUUUAAAAUGCCACUCUUAGGGAUUCUAACGUUUUUUAUUUUAUGUGCCUCUACUUCGCUAGCCCAGGACAAGUCUGUGGACCUUCAAAGUAUGUUUUUAAACUUUUUUUUAUGAUUAUGAUACUCUUGAUUUUUGAUGAUUGGACUUACUCACAAUGUGGUGCUUUUUAGAUGUUAAUAGUUGCUUUUGCAAUAUCCCAAAAAUGGUCAUUUGUAUUGUAAAGCUGCUUCUAUCGUACUAAUUUAUGAUCCUUGAUUUUCUUUUUUCAUGUGAUUGAUUGUUAAGCUCGGAAACAAACAUAAAAGUGUAAAUAUACAGGGGGAAAAACAGCUGUAUAUUAAGUAGACUGAAAGUAAGGUUUUACGGUUUUGGUGUGCCUUAUUUUGUGUGUCUAGGUUUUUUUAAUAUUACAUUGUCAACAAAGUGGUUUAUAAUUAUUUCCAAAAUUAUUAUUUUCUUUUUUAAACAAUAUUUGCCAGUAAAUACAGACACAAAAAGAAAUGGUUUAUUUCAACAUGCAGCAGUCUUUUUUGUUUAUAAAUAUCUAUUAUUAUUAUUAUUUUAUUAUUCAUAUAGUGCCAUCAGAUUCCAUAGCGCUGUACAAUGGGUAGACUGCAUUCUUACAAAAAUCAUGCUCCUUUUAAAAUUCCCCAAAUGAAUAUACAUGCACAUAAAACUCUCCGCCAUUUUAAGAUGUUAUUUGAUUAACAUAAAUUUGGGGGUUAUACCUAAGACAUAAGUAUUUCUACCCAUAUGGCUAUCCAGUGGUUAAUUCAGCGAUGCUCAAGGAAGUGUGUUGUGAAAAUAGUAAGUGGGUUUGUCUAUAGGUAUCUUAAUCUAGUUUUUUUUUUACAUUCACUAAAAACAAAUACCCAAGAAAACAGCACAUUACAAGGUAAAACCAAUGUUUGAUAUUUCCGACUGUGUCAUCUUAAAGUGGAUCAUAACUGGAUUUUUCCAAUACAGCGCGAUGUGGUGCAAGCUUUUCGGACAUAUAUAAGCCUGUACAAAUCCAGGUCAAUGAAGAUUCUGAUUGUACUUGGAGCAUUGUGAGACCAGCAAAUGAAACAACAAGAAUCGUGUUCUCGAUCCUAGAGUAAGAGAUUUCUAAUAUGUUGGAUUAAUUGAAAGCAUGUAUUAUGAACAUCAGGAGCUUUCAAAUGCAGAUCUCCAUUAUUAAAGGAACACUACAUGUAUUCCUGCACUAAUGUGCUAAAAACACAAUUCAGGCCCCUGGUUCCCCUUGACACUAUUUAAAAAGGUAAUAAACGUACCUUUAUUCCAGUGCAGUGCAGGUUUGCCACCAUUCCAGUUUUGAUGAUCUCAACUAAUCCAAUGCUUUCGCAUAGGAAAGCAUUGGGAGAUUAUUGUGCCGGGCUGCACCAAUCAGAAUCUCAUCACAGAAAUGCAUUGAAUUAAUUACGGGGAGCAUUCAGUGUCUCUAUGCGGAGCGUGGAGACGCUGAACGUCAGUGCUGCACAUUGUGCACAACUGAGCCAGGGAGCACCUCUAGUGGCCGUCUGAGUGACUGCCACUAGAGGUGUUACUAGGCAGCAAUUUAAAGGAACACUAUAGUCACCUAAAUUACUUUAGCUACAUAAAGCAGUUUUAGUGUAUAGAUCAUUCCCCUGCAAUUUCACUGCUCAAUUCACUGCCAUUUGGGAGUUAAAUCACUUUGUUUCUGUUUAUGCAGCCCUAGCCUGACCUCCCCUGGCUAUGAUUGACAGAGCCUGCAUAAAAAAACAAAAAUCUGGUUUCACUUUCAAACAGAUGUAAUUUACCUUAAAUAAUUGUAUCUCAAUCUCUAAAUUGAACUUUAAUCACAUACAGGAGGCUCUUGCAGGGUCUAGCAAGCUAUUAACAUAGCAGGAGAUAAGAAAAUCUUAAUUAAACAGAACUUGCAAUAAAGAAAGCUUAAAUAGGGCUCUCUUUACAGGAAGUGUUUAUGGAAGGCUGUGCAAGUCACAUGCAGGGAGGUGUGACUAGUGUUCAUUAACAAAGGGAUUUAACUCCUAUAUGGCAGAGGAUUAAGCAGUGAGGCUGCAGGGGCAUGUUCUAUACACCAAAACUGCUUCAUUAAGCUAAAGUUGUUCAGGUGACUAUAGUGUCCCUUUAAACACUGGGAAAGAAGGUGCAGUGACUGAUUGUAUGCAAUGACAAAAAAAGGAAAAACAAAAAGGACUCAUAGUGUAGUAAGUUAAAAACUUCUUGAUAGAGUAAGGAAAAUUAAAAAUUGUACACUCACACUUUCAGGGAGCUUAAAUACAGCUCCCACUUGUAGGCCUGGGCGGAAUGAUCCCAACCUAUGGAUAUAUUGUGGUACAGAUUACUCAGGUUUUCCUUACAGUGACGGGUAUCCUCAUAAAAAGUAAAAUACAAAAUAAAAGUAUAUAGUGUAAUAUGUAGAGCUUAUAAGCAGGGGUAGAUAUGUACAUAGGUGUACACUCAAAUAUUAUUAAGCCUAAGUAUUGGCUCCAGAAGUAGUGAGUAACGUGGUAUGAUCCCCACUCUAGGAUAUAGGUGAUGUGGAUAUUCCUCCAUGUACAUAUAAAAGAGAAAUAAAAAGCUACAAUAGUGCAUACAGUGAAAUGGAGUGUAAAGCACAGUAAAAGUAAUAAAAACCUACGCACAUACUUCAGAGCAAAAUUAGGUUUGGCUUGGGUGGUAUUAUUACCAAGGAUAUAAAGUUCAGGAUUCAGCAGCAGAUCAGGUCCAAUAAAAAAGUACUGUUAUUUUAAAAAACAAACAAACAAUAAAAUCAAAGAUAAAAGGUAAAACAAUAUAAAAUAGUAUGAUAGUACACUUAACGCGUUUCUCCUUGGAUCGGCUUUAUCAAAAGUGGUAAAACAAUCCCUGAAGGACACUUCAGGCGCUGCACCUUCUUUUCCUGAUUUAUCCUACCCCCUAUUGGACAAGAGAGACUCCUUUUUGGUGACUGAGCUGCCUUUGGACUAUAUCAGUAUUGUACAAGUGCUGAAUUGUUUCUGUUUUUAUUUAGUAAUUUAAACACUGCCUUUUCAUCCUUAGAUGUCCCAUGCUACUUUAAUUCAGAAGCAGAGCUUCAUGGAGACUUUCACAAUUUAUUUAUUUGUUUAUUCACUUUCUUUUGCUGUGCAGUAGAUAAAACUCGAGGUGGACAAGACAUAUGAUUUGUAAAUGAAUGAGAGACAUUUAAGUGCUGAAGUGUUUAGGAACAGGCAAUGGCUGGCUAAGCUACACUUUUUCUGUAGAAAUGUACAACAAGAUAACAUAGGCUAGGCCUAUGUUAGGCUAGACACUAAGCUAAUACUGAGCUAUGAAAACCAAGUGAGAGGUUGUCCUGACAUGGUGACACUCAGAUAAAGUAAUGGAGCUUAUUAGUCAAAAUGAAGAAACAAAUGUUAGCAGAAGGUGUAAAUAAUACAAGAGGGAAAACAGACUGGGUUAAGACUUGCACAAUUGUAAUCCUUUCAAUGCCCCUUGAAAAACAUUCAUAACAUCAGUUCAAAUCUCUUUGGCACUCUCUAUAUCAAAUAAUUUAUAGUACCAGUCUUUGAGACACCUGUAGUAUUUUACAUAGUGUGACUUUUUUUUUAAAUGCUUCAAAAUUGAAAACAUAUAGUUUAAUAAACAAAAUAUAACAAACAUGUACUCUACAGUAAAGGAAAAUUGAACAGAGGUGCCCUGUCUGACCUUCAGACCUCAGUUGUGUAGAACUUGUUUAACCAUUUUAGAGACAAGGUUUAACGUUCUUGCACAUGUUUAAUGUGUUUCAGAUUAUCUUGCUAAAGUUCUCAGUUCAGUUCAGUAUUAUGUCUCUUAUAACAUUGCUAUGAUAACCUUAUUAAUUGAAUGGAUUUGGCAAAGAUAGCCAAGCUUGGGAUCAACAAAGUCCCCCCAUGCAGCAGGUCAUGAACCCACCAAGGAAGUGUAGUUAGAUUUCUGACUGGUUUCGCAUAGACACAUUAGGGUUAUGUAUAAAAAAGUGUCAUGAUUUGAAAAGCAGUCUAAAUAACUAAAAAUGGGGCAAUUGCCAAGGAAACCAGUGGACCAAGCAAGAACAUUCCGCUGGUGACUCUGGUCCUUUUGUAUAUUUGCAUCACUUUUCAGAACACAGAACUUGUUAUACAGAACCCCCAGUGUUAGUGUAUGAAAUAAUAUUGUGUUUCAUGAAGUGCUUCAAUGUAAGUAUCAUCAAUCGCUGUCAUCACAAUCUGGCCACGAAAGACCUUAUACCAGCGUAGAACAUCCUGCCCCUUGUUAUUGUUGAAUUAGAGGACAACAGGUGCAGGUCACCUAAUCCUACAGCAUGGUGUUAGCUUUUUUAUCCUCAGUAUCUCUUACAACUCCUGGUAUAAUGAUACUUUAGUUAUAUGAACACAGUCAUUAAAACGUAGUUCUAACUCAGACAAUUCUAACUCAGACAAUUCUAACACAGACAAUUCUAACAAACAAUUUGAACUCUUUUUUAAAAAAAAGUAAAUCCCAUUAACUGAAAUAACCGUCAUAUCUUCUUUAACAAAUAGCGAACUAUAAAAUGUAGCAAUGAUAUCAAUAAUUUUCUUUUUUUCCAGUUUAAACACAGCCGCUGAUUGCUCCCAAGAGAAUGUGACUGUUCUUGAUCAAAACCUCCAAGUACUGGGAGUACUCUGCCCAAACUCACCUAGAAUUGAUGUGUUUGAGACCCCUGGCAGUGCUUACCUCAGAGUCUCCACCAACUCAGAUGCCUUAGUACGCACUGUAUAUCUGAUGUAUUAUUCCUUUGCUCCUGGAAACGGUGAGUUAAGAAAGAUUUAAAAUUAGAUCCUUAGAAUGUUCCAUAGUGAAUGCAUGACAGAUCUGGAUAUCUGUUCAAAAUACAGCUUUUAUGCCAUGGGCUAAGAUCCGAAAGUACCAAAAACCAUAAACCAACCAUGGACUUCAUAGUUUAGUCCUGUUGGCACUCAUUAGCAUGAUGCAGUUCAGAUUCUGAAUUGAAGUCUAUCUACCAGUGUAUAGUGAAGUAUUAAACGUUGUGGUAAGAGCAAACCUUCAUAAAACUCCCCACUGAUUUAGCCAAAUUUCAAACUCCCGUAAGGAAGAUAAGGAGUAUCCCAUGAUUGGUCUAUAUUUUGAUAUAUUUCUGAACAUCAUUACACUACAUGCGUCUUGCUUAGCCAGCUGUGUAAUUUCUUUUAUUUAAAUGUGAGCAAUGUUGUUACUUACACUUUACGAUUAAUUCUUGCCUCUGUGUCAUUGGACGAUUUCAGAAGCUGCAGUGUGCGGAGGACAGAUCAAUGGCUAUUCUGGAUCUAUUUCAAGCCCUAAUUACCCUAGCAGACAUCCACACUUUGCUUAUUGUGUUUGGCACUUGGAGACACCAAAGAACACCAAGAUUGACCUGUCAUUCACUGAGAUCUUGUAAGUUAUGGUGAAUUACAAUAUAUCAUACCUGUAGCUCUACAUGCGAUAUGGAAAGUGUCUUUCAUAAGGAUAGAUUUUGAAUCUAGAAAACUUUAAUGACUUCUAGAUUCUAAACGAUCAUAUAUGUUCACUUUUUUUUAUCUCAUGUAAGAUAUGCUCUCUGUGGUUUUCCUUUAUGACCUUUCUCUGUUCCCUUCAAAUCCAGAAAUGAAAAUAGAGAGAACAUCAUCUAAACCAGUUAUUAAAAGGAGGACCUUGGGACUCAGUUUAGCAACAAAGACAUACUACAUAACUAAACAGGAAUGUCCAAUCCUGGUUCCCCCUUUGCUAUGGGACUAAAAUUCCAAAUUCCCAAUAUGUUGCUUUGAUCAUAAGGAUGGAAUAUAAAUAAUGAAAAGAUAUUAUACACCCCCAUGUAACAGGAAUCACCCUGAAAUGACAACUUGAUUUGAGCACGAGUCUAAAGGGCAGAUGUUUAUGUAUAUUGUCAGCUACAUAAAACAUGAAAAUGCUCACUAUAAUUGCUUAAAGGAACGCUUCACACUCAUAAAGCUUUUUUUUAUUUAUAAACAUGCUGAUUUCAAUAGAAAUUGACACUUGUAUAAAUUACUCCUGUAUCACCGCCUCGACUGUCAAUAAGCCAGUUAGAAAGGUUUUCUUCCGAUACUACAGUUCUUGAAAGAAAAACUCAUAUGCGCUGCUAGAUUUCUCAAUGAGAAGGCACUGAUUGGCACACACACCAGAACAGACCGAUGUCUAUGCUGGGACAAAAGGCAAGAGGGCUUGCAGUAGCUUCAAAUACCAGAUCUGUGGCUACUGCAAGUUCAUUUUUCACAUAACCCCCCCCAAAAAACAUGCAAAAUAAAAUAUGUACCUAUUUUCUUUGGGGAUACAUCCACUAGAAUUUUUUUUUUGUUUUUUAAAUAUAUUUAACAGUGGUUCCGUUAAGUAUAAACUCCUUGCAUCUCCACUUGUCUGAAAUCUCCUAAAAUAAAUGCAGUAAAUGAUUUACAUUGUCUAUAGUGAACUACUAUAUAUUAAUAUGAAGGAUGGGCAAAACGUUCUCAAAGCUGGUUAAUAUACAAAACAUCAAGCUGAGCUGUGAAUAAUGUCUGUUUAAUCUUAUACUUUACAGGUGCUGUUUUGCCUAGACAAAUCAUGGCCUGCAAGGCUCUGCAUGCAGUUUGGCAACUGUUUUAAGUAAUUAUAUGAACUGUUUGAAGAUAUUAGCUGUUUCUUGAAAUAUAUUUUCCCUUUCCUUCCAGUUUAGAAGUCGACGCAGUGUGUCGUUUCGAUUUCAUUGCUUUGUAUGAUGGCCCAACCACUAACUCGCCAAUCCUGGAUGUAUUGUGUGGUCGGACAGUGGCAGAGUUAGAAACAACAUCCAACACACUGACCGUGGUGCUGAGUACAGACUAUGCCAACUCAUAUUAUGGAUUCAAUCUUAAUUAUGUAGCACUGCCCGAAAACAAUUCAAGUGAGUACAAAAGAUAUAAAUGGUAAUACUAAAACUUUCAUAAUAGUCUUCCAGAAAUCACACCAUAGAAAGAGACUAAGGCCAUUAAUAACAAUGCGUCUUAAUGUUCAAGAAUUACAUUUAAAAAGGUCAAGUGUGAGAUUCAAAAUCCAUUAUAGUGUCUUUCUGCUAAAUCUUACAACUGAAUUUUAGUGCUUUAGUCUUUUUUGUUUCUAUCAAUUCCAAAGUCCCUUUAUACUAUCUAUAGUAACAGAGAUACUAUGUGUUUUAUUUGUUUGUAAGGCUCUUUGUUCUGCUCUGGAGAAAAAAUGACCGUUAUUUUCGACCCAUCCUAUAUCAACUCACUGGGAUAUAAUGCAAAUGAAUUGACACUGAUUGAUACAUCCUGUGGACCAGUUUCAAGCAAUCCUAUUGCAUUUAAUGUACCUUACACCUCCUGUGGAACAGUCAGAAAGGUAGGAUGGGGAAAGGAUACAGUUUUCUAUUCUAAAUUAGAACUUCUACAGCCAGUUCUUGAGGUUAAUCAUCAAUUUGGGAUCUUUUUUUUAACUAUCGGCAUUGGUUUAGAAUUUGGUAAUUCCUAAAUCUUGGAAACAAUUUGCUUCUUAACGACUUGCUUAAAAAUAACUUCUGUUAACGAGCAAUUUCUCUUCUUUUUACCAAGUAAUUCUUUCCAGCAUCAUUACUUUUUUCCUGGCAAAGGAUUGUAUUGCUUCUUCCAGCAUAACAUUGCCAUGAUAACCUGUGGCAAUGUUUGUGGGAGCCAUAAUGUGGUCUGUAACCUGUGAAGGUGCAGUCCACAAGCUUCCUCUCCCCUGGGCUGAUCUGUGAGGUUCAUGAGAAAUCCAGCCUUUUUUAUUAUGCAGGAUUAUCUUGAUUCUGAUGCCUAAAUUAUUCCUCAGGAACUAGUAUCAAAGGUCAUAGAUGCUUUGUUACCAUUAAAUAAUAUAUCUCUUGAUUUCACUGAUAUGGUAAUGACUAAGGAAGUGAGAAUACCAUCUAGUAUGAGAAAUCACACAAUUGCAUUGUCAAAGUUCAAUAAUCAAGCCUCUUUUCUAGGUGGAAGAUCAUGUUAUCUCAUACACCAACAUUAUUACUGCCAUUUCAACUGGAGUGAUCACUAGACGGAAGAAGAUAGAGUUUGUGAUGACAUGUGAACUGGACAAUGAAUCCAUUGUGGAGAUUAUGUAUGUGACGGAAAACGAUAUAAUUCAGGAGAGUCAGGAGACAGGCAAAUAUGACGUUAGUUUAUCAUUCUACCAGACUCAGGAUUUUACCACUCCAGUCCUGGAAUCUCCCUACUACAUUGAGCUCAAUAAUACACUCUUCCUGCAAGCUACCCUGAAGACUCAAGACCCUGGACUCACCUUAUUCACAGAGAGCUGCUUUGCAUCAUCUAAAUCAAACUUCAGUGAUCCUACUUAUUCUCUCCUCCAGAAUGGGUAGGAAGAGAUUACAUUUCACAGUAGGCAGACAUGUUGACCAUCAUUUCUUGAAAUAUUUUCUCUGUAAUUAGUGAGGAUGUAGUCACAAAACUGUGACUUAUGGAGAUGUAAGAAAUUAAUUAUUAAUGCAGACCAGAAUCAUCAUGGUGGAAAAAAGUAUCCAACCACGCAUUUAUUUUUCAACUUGAUGAUGAAACUUUAGCAAUUUAGUUGUCAACUUGCCACAAUUCAAGUUGACAAACACUAUAAAAAGUACUAAAUGGCACAAUAUCUUACUAGGGAAGUCCUAAAGCCAUGUCCUUGUGUUGGUAGGUAGUCUUCAGAACCAAAACGAUCCUUCCCACUUGUGUCCACUUUCUAUGCAAUUUGGAUCAUAUUGUUGAUGUAUCAAACAUUAAUUUUAUACUUAACACAAUAAACACAUGAUACUGAUUUAUGUGUUGUAAUUUUGAUUUCAACUACUAUACUGUAUAAAUUUCCUUUCCAGGUGUGCAAAAGACAGGACGUACCAUAACUUUCCCUCGGGCAGUGGCUUUGCACGGUUCAGUUUCAGUGCCUUCAAGUUCAUUGAAGAAUACCCUUCGGUGUACCUCCAGUGCCGAGUGGUGAUCUGCGAUGCCAAUGACCCUGGGUCCCGCUGUAACCAAGGCUGCAUCACUCGAAACCGCAGGGACCUUGGCUCAAACGUAAGGAAAGUAAGCGCAGUGGUCGGCCCCAUACGCUUGAAACGUCAAAGUGAUGUUGAUCCUCUAGGUAAGAAAAACAGGGGAAAAAAAAAUCUAAUUUCUAACAGGGUUAUUCACUAAUGUGAGAAUUCAAUGUGAAUUCAGAGCUCACUGAGAGAAUUUGUCCAGCUUGGCUACUUAGUCCUUAAAUUUGAAAUUCACUUUGAGUUCAUCUUGAAUUCUUGCUUUAGUGAAAAACAUUGUUAAUAUUUGGCAUACAAUAUUUAAGCAUGCAAGUCAAUGUUUUCACAAUCUUAUUCUAUCUAUAAAAUAUCAACGAGUAUCCAGAGAUCUCUCUAAUGUGGCUUACUUAUUUCAUUCUCAUAGGACCAGUCAGUGAGAAGAGAGGAGAAGACUCCACCUCAGAAACGAGCAACAUUUAUUUGUUCGGAAUACUGGUACUCGUGGUCAAUGUGUUAUUAGUGGCAUUUAUAGUACUCAGGAAUUCCAGGAAGAAACCAAAUAGUUAUGAAUACCAGGCACUGCCUACUGAAUAAGAGGAACAAAAACUUCCCUAUGUAUCACUGGCCCAAAUGGCUGAUGACAAAUAAAAUUUAGAAGGUAUGAACAUAUGCAUCUCUCUAGAAAUCUCUUUGAAACUGGUUCAGCUCAAGAUGUACAACCUGUCUCUUCUGCUGUCCCCACUAUGUCACAUCCAUGCUAAGCAGUAUUUUACAUGCGACUUAAAACAUUUUUGACACUGCAGAGAAUGUCCAUUAGUAGCCACAUGGAAUAUCCAAGGGCACAUUGAAACACUGGCACAUUCUGCUUGAUUACAUAUAUUAAAAAGAAAAAAAAUGUAGUGAAUGCAGUCUUUUUUAUUUUAUGCAAUAUGAUCAAUAUCUUCAGAUCUUGGUUAUAAGGGCAGUCACUUUUUUUUUCUCCACCAAGUGCUCCCACAUUCUAGAAAUAUCUAUUUUUUUUAGUAAAUAUUACAAAUUUAAUAAAAACAGGAGGAAAAAAUGAAAUGUCAUCCAAUGGACCAAUUACUCCCAAAGUAUCCAGAUUUGUGUUAAAUGCGCUAAAUACAAAAUUUCUAUACAACAAAAUGGAACAAGAAAGAAAUUAAAAACCCAAAAAGUAAAAAAUACAUAGGGCCGAAUCACAGCGUAGUAUAUAAACCUGCACACAUAAUGCAUUCACAAAAAUAAGAUAAAGUGGCACAUCACCAAAUUGACCUUGAUCAGAAACCCUAUUUUCAAUAUUUUUGUAUUAUCAUGUAGACCAGGGUUCUCCAAACUCUUAGAUGUUCCUGAUCUACAAAUCCCACAAUUUUAUUGCUAUCUAUUUCAUGGGAGUUGUAGUUCAGCAACAUCUGGAGGACCAGAGUUUGGGGAACCCAGAUAAAGACCAUACGUAAUCUGCGAUUGAAAAAAAAGAUUGAAAAAGAUAUCUAUAAACAUUUGGUGAUAUACUAUUUUUUUAAUCUGUUUUCACUGUAACCCCGUUGUUGUUGGUUUUUGUUUUUUCUUAAUCUUUCUAGCUCCUUUUUAUUUUUUAUGAUUUGUUGAAAGACCCUGAUGACUUCUAAAAUACAUAAAAGGAGGAUGUUAUUCUUUUAGUGGUGGUGAAGUUGGACCACACUUGGGGUGGUGAGGUUUUUAGGUAUAUUUCAAUUUAUAUGCAUACACUGGUGUAAUAGAAAUGUUAGCAAACUUAUAAUGAAAUAAAUAUAUAUUUAAAAGAAAUAUUAACGCAUAUUCCUAUUCUCUUGGGUCAUGCUCCAAGUGUAUGUUCAAGUAACUGUAAUUGAGCAAGACUAGGAAUGUAGAAUGGCAAUGCUGCACUAGCCAUCUGCUUGAGGUCUUGUCCUUGGACAUAUCGAACUAAGUGCUGUCUCCAUAAUAUUAUGUUCCAUUAGAACUUUGCUAUCUUUCUCUGAAUUCUCUGUUUACUUGUGGUGGUUUGUACAUUCCAUGUGUUACCUGAAACUUAAAUACAUAUUCCAGCCACCAGAAUAUUUUAGGUAACAGGAUCAACGUAUUGUAGAGUAAUGCCUUUUUUUUCAAAGUUUUCACAAUCAUUUCCAUUUAAAGGAUAAUUGUAAUAUCACAGAAUCCUUAAUAUUAUCAGGGUUAUUCACUAAGCUGAGUAUUGCUGAGAAUUCAAAGUGAGUUUCAUUUUUAAAGCAGCUGAUCUGGAAACAUGGGUGACCUCAUUUUAUUUUUUCCCGUUUAGCUGUGUUCGUAAUUUGAAAUUCACUUUAAAUUCACUCUGAAUUCCUGAUAAGUCUCACUUCAGUGAAUAAUCCUAUAUUUCUGCUUGUCUCUAUAUGUAACAACAAAUAGGUAUUUGUGAAGUGUGAAAAAUAAAAUUAAAUGUAGAAAUCCACACAUCAUUAUUAUGAUAUUUGUUAAAUCUUGAUGGGCCAAAUGGAAAAGCAACAAGAGG